CCUUCUCCUCCGCCUCCGCUUCCGCUUCCGCUUCAGCUUGCGCGUUGCCACUCCCCUCCCCGCUGCUCCCAAGCCGGCAAGCCCCAAAUCCCAGCUCAGGAGGCAGAGCGGGUUGCCAUUUCCAUCGCCACGAAUGCUCACGUGAAUACCACCCCGCUCCAGGUAGCAAAGCAGCGGCCGGCGACGGGGGGGAGUUGGGUGGUAGGUUUUUUUUUUUUGGGUGUCUGCGACUGCGACGCUGGCAUGGGCUACCACCAGCUCCUACUCUCGCCGCCGGUGGCGCAGCCGCCCCGCCCCGCGCUUCUCCCUCCACCCCGCGGCAGCAGCGGCGCCGGGCGGGUGGCUACCGCAGUCUUUGCCUCGGCGUCCAGCGCCGCUCGCUCCCCCGCUGCGGAUGACGCCACGCGGAGGAGGGCCGUGCUCCUCGUCGGCGUCUCGGUGCUCCCGCUCCUCCGCCUCCGUGACGCCGCGGCGGCGGCGGCCAGGGCGCAGCGCUCGUCGGUUGAUCUCGUCACUGAUAGAACAGAUAUUCAAAAGGCUGACGUAACUCAGCCUGAGGAGCCUCGGGAAGAAUUACAUCAGCCUGAUGAGCAAGGACAACCAGCAAGAAAUCCACUUGCAGGUCUCCUAAAUGCAAUUGCAGUUAUUGCUUCUGGUGUUUUCCCUGGACUUCUUGGUACUUCUCAACAGGAAAAGAAGGCCUUGCAGUCGACCAUCUCAUCUAUGGAGACCAAAUUGGUUGAAAACGAGGCAGCAAUGUCGAUGCUUAGGGAAAACUAUGAGAAAAGAAUAUUGGAUGAACAAGUAAAACUGAAGAAAGAAGCUAGAAAGUUUCAGGAGGAGGAAGCCUUGCUGCAAGAUCAGUUGGCUUCAUCUAGAAGAACCGUAACAUCUUUAACUGAGGAAGUUCAAAGGGAGAAGGAGCUAGUAGAGCAGCUUAACCUUGAGAUAGAUCGACUUAAGUACAGUAUUGCAGAAGCAGAGGAAGACAAACAUUUGUCUGAAGGCAAAUUGCGGGAAAAUAUGGAAGUGCUUGAUAUUUUGCAUGGGAAGGUAAAUCUGCUUAACCAAGAGGUAAAUGGCAAGGAGGAACACAUCAGGGAGCUGAACUCAUCACUUUCUGCCAAGGAAAAGGACCACGAGAACCUGAAUAUGAUCUACAAUCAAGCCAAAGAGAACCUAGAGCAGGCAAAUUCCCAAAUAAAGCAAUUGGAGAAAGAUGUUCAUACAGCUAAAGAUGAUCUUAAAUCAAAGGCGUCACAUAUUAACUCACUGAAUGAGAAAGUUCAAACAUUAUGCACUGAAAAGGGUGAAGUGGAAGAAAAAGUAAGUGCUUUAGUGAGCCAGUAUACAUACCUGAAAACUGCUUCUGAAGAGAGGGCUUCUCGCGAUUCUGAACUAUUAUUUCAGAAAGAUGAUAAGCUCAAUGAGCUUGAAGAAAAACUUUCUGCUGCAUUGAGUGACUCUAGCCAAGACAGAACUCGAAUAGCCGAGUUGAACAAUGAAUUGGGCACCACCAGAACAAUACUAGAUAAUGAAGUUGUUGCCAGGAAAAGUUUGUCAGACCUUGUUCAAUCCACUGAAGAGGCACUAAGAGAUUCCAGAAACGAGGCGUUUAAACUCUCUGAAGAGCUUGAUGAAGUAAAGAGAUCAAAUCAGGAUUUGACGACUCAGAUCUCAAAAUUAACAGAUGAGGCCAGUGAAGUGAGGCAAACUCUGGCUGACAAAAUAGAGCAGGCAGAGUCAGUUUCUGCAAGUCUUUCAGAUGAGCUGGCAUCAGUGAGGGAGGUACUUAAAAAGUCACAAGGAGAACUCGAGGUCACCUCGAAGCAGUUACUUUUGGUUUCAGAAGAACAUAGUGGCCUUAAUAAAGAAUUGCUGGAUGCAUAUAAGAAGUUAGAGUCCACUCAAAAUGAGCUAGUUAAAGAGCGUAAAAUCAAUGCUACUCUACACAUGGAGCUUGACGCUUUGGUGAAACAAUCAGUGACAGUGUCUGAAGCAAGAAAAGAUCUUCAAGUAGACUUGGAUGAAGCCACUAGAUCACUAAGUGAGGUGACUAAGAGUACACUAUCUCUGUCUAAGCAGCUGGAAACAACUAAGUCUAAGAUUUCUGCUAUUAAAGAGGAGAAAGAGAUGCUAUCAAAGUCCCUUGAGGAACAAAAGAAAAGAACAGUUGAAGCUCAGGAAAACAUGGAAGAUGCUCAGAAUACCAUAAAAAGGCUUGGGACUGAGAGGGAGAGUUUUGAAGUAAGGUCGAAGAAACUUGAAGAAGAAUUGGCCACAGCAAAAGGUGAGAUAUUGCGUUUGAGGAGGCAGAUUAGUACAGGUGGGUCUCCGAACACCCAAAUUCUUUCGGAAACAGGUGCAGCGCCAAUUAACAGUCAACCACUGAAAGAGCAACCCAUGAGUGAUCAUCGUGUUCAAAAUAUCAACAGUGCUGAUGCUGUACCUCCUCGUUCCCCUAAACGGGUUUAUAGGAGGAAACGCAGGCCAGAGGCAUGAGGAUUAUCUGAAUGCUAAAAGCAAGAGCUGUCAUUCUUUCAUUCCUCUAUUUAGUCACCUUAUUAUAACAGUUCCUGAACUCCCAUCCUUCAAAAGGUAGACCUCCCUACAUUAUUAUCUUAGGUUAGGUGGUGCUGGCUCUUCCAUUGCAUCCCUACUGAAACAGAGAACCUUGAUGUAGUCACAUAUGGUUAGAUUUGAUGGAAUUUAGAAUGUAUGUUACUCUGUGUACAGACCUGUCGUUUCUCUCGCCAAAUCAAAUUGGUAGUUCGUCUUAAAUGGUUUGUUUAUUCUCAUAUUUAGACAAAUUGCACCAUAUCUUUGUUUAUUCAGCAUUGUGUAGCAGCAAUUUUUUUCUUUCCUUUCAUCAUUCGCCAUGUUUGAUUGUAUUAAAACAGCAUUCUCCUGACCUUAGUAAACUCGUUCAGUGUGAUUAGCGAGAUGCGGGGACAAGCCUGUUUAGUUCUUCAACUACUUAUACUGUGAUAAAAGUUGGUCACAGAGCACCGGGCAGAGCUGCUGCGUUAUCGCGUGCCGGGAAGUUUGUUGCUGUUACAGCGUGCCUGAUCAUUGCACCCCUUUCUUUGUCCUUUUGGUAGGCCCUCUGUAUCUUUCUUCUCCCAAUCUAGCACAUUUUGGUAAAGAAACUUCACACAUGAUCAAAUGUUUGUUUCUGGGCUUGUU